AUGUUUGAGGCCGCAAAAAUUCUGUAUAACAACGUGAGCAAUUACUCCCGUCUGGCCAUCACCUUGGUCCACUUGGGUGAGUAUCAGGGUUCCGUCGAGGCGGCCCGCAAAGCCAAUUCCACCCGCACCUGGAAGGAAGUCUGCUUCGCCUGUGUGGAGCAGGGCGAGUUCCGCCUUGCCCAGAUGUGUGGUCUGCACAUUGUGGUGCAUGCGGAUGAGCUCGAGGAGUUGAUCAACCACUACCAGCAGCGCGGUCACUUCCAGCAGCUCAUCCUCCUCUUGGAGGCUGCCCUUGGCCUGGAGAGGGCCCAUAUGGGCAUGUUCACAGAGCUGGCCAUCCUGUACUCCAAGUUCAAGCAGGAAAAGCUGCGUGAACACCUCGAACUCUUCUGGUCGCGUGUCAAUAUUCCCAAGGUUAGCUGCCCACCUUUCUUUCCACGCACCCAUUUUUUGCCAACCCUUCUUCAAUCUCUCCGCACACCUGUUCUGGUAACUGAUGUGGGCGCUCUCGAUGAUGUCCACAGCACAGUGCCGCUAAAGUGCUUUUUGUGUCAGUCGCCUUCGCUUCAUUCCUUUACUGGCGAAAACCGCAUACCGAUAUCUAGACGGUUCCUAUCGAACCAGAUUCUAAGCUGACGGUCAACCGGACGGUAACAGUAAUAUGCUCAUGGGGCUGAUAUCAGAGAAGGCGCACGAAGUAAUCCAGUUAUAUUUAUUGGCCGGCUCUGUUCGGUGUUCCCCCAGCGAGUAUGAGUCGUUUUCUUAGAGACAAGUUCCGAGAUAGUGCAACAUUAACGUUCACAACUGGUCAAAUGACCAGUUCAUGCGUCUGAUAGUGGUUACUUAGGUCUCACGGCUGGGCCAUGAAUGUCCCCGAAAGCCAGUAGCACCGCCCCGGAUGACGGUGUCAUUAUUACUCGUUCUAGUUGGCAGUGACCUGGUCCCGACGCGUUCGCCAUUGUCUCUUUAUUCAGCCUGUGAGCCGUUAGUCACAGAAGGCGCCUUUUUCACAGUUGAGGAUUCAGUUCGAGUAUGCUUUGAUAUUCCAACUGGUCUCUGACAUUCGAUCUCAGUCAGGACCCGGCGUUUCGUAAACUUCCCUGACUUGACGGUCGCCGUAGUGCAGUUAGCCCACAACGAUUAUUCAGUACUCAAAUGCGAGUUCUGUAGAUCAUGACGUAGUCAUUGAAAACGUCCUUAUCCAACGUCUGACUGAAUUUCAAAGGUUUGCUAGAAAGAUUUCGGUUGGCAUGGUAAGUUUGCAUGCCGAAGGUUGCACUACAUACACAGAAUAUGAAAUUUUUAUUCAGGCUGUUAGGACUCCGACGAGCCUAGCGGUUGAAAUUUCGGCGAGUUAGCACUUACCAUAGGACACACGAGCGUCAGAUGUAUGCUAUCCUUAAUCUGAUAGCUCGGUACGUUCUAAGGAUCACAAAGUGAAACAGUUUAGCGAAUGUUUCCCACAAUUAGGUAGACCUUCCGCCGACCGCCACUUUGCGACUUGACGGACCGACAGUCGUUACCGACGAUGUCCACUGUGUGCCCCACAAUCAUUGACGCAGUGACGGCGACUUGUCGUGCCCUCUCCUUCCUCACCAUCGUGUGCCCGGUGUGAAGACGGAGUCAAUAAAACCGCAGGCAAGAUCGUUUGCUAGUGGCUGGCGCGGCGUGAACCCGCGCCUAGGUGUGCCACUACAUCCCUUUUCUGACUCGUCAUCGCCUACAGGGGCGGUACUAGAAUACAGAAACUGCCUUCAAAAACGUCUGCUCAGUGACAGGAGACACUGUCGUUCUGUGACUUCUGUCAACGGUUUUGACCAGUUGUGGCCUUCAUUUAUUGAACAGAGACUGAUGUACUCACUUUCAACGAGCAAGAUCUCGUAUCAGUUGCUUCGAAAUCAACGCCUCCUAGAUAACAUUCUUACUUUGUCCCUUCUAGGU